AUGUUCCGCUGCCUGGGGAGCUCGAGAUCCCCCCUCAAGUUCUGUGCUAAGAGACUUUUCCAUUCCGGGAGUGAAAUGCAAUCGCCACUCGUGCUGGUCAGCACGGCCAAUCCGAACGCCGUGCCGCUUGCCAGAGACUUGCUGGCGGCCGGCGAGGUAAUCGCUCUGCCCACCGAUACGGUAUACGGCCUGGCGUGCGACGCCAACAAUCCGGGUGCCAUCCAGAAGCUGUACCAAAUCAAGGGACGCGAGGAGAAGAAAGCUGUGGCCAUUUGCGUGGCAGAAAUAGACGACUUCCAUCGCUGGGGCGACGCUGCGCAUUUGCCACGCGAGAUGUUGAGCGAACUGCUACCCGGAGCCGUGACUCUGGUGGUGAACAAGUCGUCACGCCUAGACAAUCCCUUCCUCAAUCCCGGAUUCCAGCGCAUCGGUAUUCGCAUCCCCGACUGCGCCUUCAUCCGAGAGCUGUCGCGCGCUUUCCGGGCGCCCAUCGCGCUCACCAGCGCCAACAAGAGCAGUGAGCCCAGCUCUCUGGCCGUGGCGGAGUUCAGGGCACUGUGGCCACUGCUUGGCGCUGUGUUCGACGGCGGCCAGCUGGGUCUCACGGACGCGCAGCGCGCCGCCUCGACGGUCGUGGAUCUGUCCCAGGAGGGCAGAUACAUGGUGAUCCGCCGCGGAGUGGCCAUGGAGAACACAGAGAGUGUGCUGCAGAGGUACAAGUUCCGCGAGGAGGCGCAAGAGUGAGGAAAAUAUGCUUACGAGGAGUAACCAAAGCAACUCUCCGCAAAAGAGACAUCAGUUAACUGAUAACAAACAAUUCAAUGAGAAAUUGUGAGAAAUUGCCUCAUCAGAACGUUGUACAUUAAUAAAUCUAAGUUCAAUA